UCAUGAAUAAACGUUUUGUGUCGAAGUUGGAGCACAGCCAAAUAAAUUAUUCCAGUUUCCGAUUGGCUGUUUUUAGAUGGUUGUCAAAUUACAUUACGUGUAAUUUCAAUUCCUGACAAACUGGAUUGUUCGAACUUGACAUCUACGCCACCCGCACGUCAACAACUUGCAGUCGUAUGGGUUCUUUCUUUGUUUUUCGCCUGUGCCCUCAAAAUAAGUGUGAAAACCCAAACAUGGCUUACGUGCAACUUUUCACACGAAGAAGAAGCUUUCCUUGUUAACUUGUGCUAACAGUUUCGGAAGGUAUCGCUUGUUUUCAGACAGUCCAAAGUCUUGGUCAGCGCUGAGGAAUGUUCACAAGUUGUUAAGUCAAAUCUCCCAUCACAACAGCACAGCUUAAUUCUGAUGUGCAUUUUAUGGUUUUAAAAUAAUUUUACAGUUAUUCUCUUCGUUAGAGCUCUCAGGUGCAGGAAGGCGUUUACCUUGUCAAUUAUCUUUCUCGUUAUCAAAGUCUCCCAAAUAUCAGAGACACUCUUCAGCCAUGACAACUGGUCUUGCCAUAACAGCGGUUAUCACCGUACUAGCCAUUAUCGACAUUCUGGGGAACACCCUCGUUUGUGCGAUAAUAAAGAGAAAUCGAGAUAUGAGGACUCCCAUCAAUUAUCUUCUUGUCCACCUGGCUGUAGCGGAUAUCGUGUACGCAACGUUUAUUGCGCCCAAAGGUUACUUCAAGCUCACCUCUGUUCAUCAUCCAGACGGCAUGACUGGUUUGGUGUUAUGCAAAUUGCUGACAGGUGGAAAUGUCGCCUGGGUUGGGGCGGUUGCCUCGGCUAUCUUUCUGGUUGUAAUCGCCUUUGAACGAUAUUAUGCAGUGAUGUAUCCGCAUGGUCACAAAUGGAAACUGUCCACUGCUAAACUGAAGAUGAUUAUUCCUGGUAGCUGGAUCUUCGCCGGAAUCGUCAAUAUCCCACUCUUCCUUGCGAAGAACACGAAGGUGAAAAAUGGAAGAGUCUUAUGCAUACCUACCUGGCCAGAGAUUUGGAUGGAGGCUUUCAUCAUGAUUUUGUCCGUCGUGGUAGGUGUUGCCUUGGUUCUGAUGAUUGCGUUGUACUCCAGAGUCGUGUACACCUUGUGGUUCCAGCGUAAGGACGAACAUCAGCUCAACAUCCAACAAAAGGGCGUCAUGAAGGUCCGAAGACGUGUCACCUUGAUGGUCGUGGUUGUCACCGCCAUAUUUGGUUUCUGCUGGGGAGUCAACCAAAUCGUCCACAUCUUCAAGUUCUUUUCUUCCUACACCGUUGGUGCCUUACCAACCGUUGUCGCUAACACAAUGGUCUUGGUAAAUUCUGCCAUCAACCCGUUUGUAUUCGCGCUGUUAAACCACCAGUUCAGGGAGAAGAUGAAGGUAAUGUUAUGCUGCAGGGAUUGCACCAAAGCCAAAGUCCAUCCGUCUGAUUAUCACGACUACGAGCUUGGAGAUAACACCACCCAGCCGACCAACACAGGCGGUACAAGUUCCAUGGCCUGAUGGCAGUGUUCAUGGAAACCAUGUACCUGUAGUCAUUUAGUGUAUUUAAAAAGAAUAUUAUCAAUCGUUAGUUCUUAGAAAAACCCUAGAGGAGUACUUAAAAGACAAUGCGUGUUAGAAUAUGGUGUCGUAUUCAGGCAUAGUAUAGUGGAGAGUAAGGCACAGUUCGUUCGAUGGCGUUUUGUACAAUGAACACGGUAUUUUUGGAAUUAUUGAUUGCUUCAUUCAUACACCUUAUUCCAAAAUGGCCGCCAUUUAAGUAUUCUUUUCUU